AUGCUGUACAUGCAGCUGAACCCCAAUAGUCCAAUUCUGCGGGUGUACAAUGAUCCAGAGAGCUGCCUCAAAAGAGAUCUCCGGCUCACCCGGCAGUCUGUCAACCUUUUAUUGAGGAUUAUCCACAGUCCGAGGGACCAUGGCUGGGGCCAGGAGUUGGAGGUCCUCAUGUUUUUAUAUAGCCUGGCACACGGCCUUUCCCUGUCAGUGGUGUGCCAUGUCUUUGGGGUCCCCAGGUCCACCGUGCACCGGGUAAUUCAUAGGAUAGCUGCAGAGAUCAAAGCCAAACUGGGAACACUCAUCUCACUGCCAUCUCAGGACAUGCUGCCAGACAUCGGUAUGGGUUUCUGCCAGCUUGCCCGAAGUCCAGUUUUCACUCGUGCUGCUGAUGCAAUCGAUGGCUGUCAUAUCAGAAUCAAACCACCAGGUAACCAACAUCGUGCCGAUUACAUAAACUACAAGUUAUUUCCAUCAAUACAACUACAAGCCAUCUGUGACGCAACUGACAGAUUUCUGGACAUUUUUGUGGGGUACCCGGGGUCUGUGCAUGAUGCCAGGGUCCUGAGAAAUAGCCCCAUCUUCAGCCAGGCACUCGACCCACCAGCGGGCUUUUCCCUCCUGGCAGAUGGUGGCUAUCCAUGUCUGGAAAAGCCGAUUUCACUCAUCACACCAUACAAACUGCCUCUACAGGAUCGAGUACAGGAGUGUUACAACACCCAUCAUUCAAGGGCUCGUUCAGUGGUUGAACGUGCCUUUGGAAUGAUGAAAGCGCGAUGGAGGGCCACGCUUUUCAAGGCACUGGAGGUCAGUCCAGCCUUUGCUCCCGAUAUUGUUGCCUGUUGUGCCUUCUUGCACAAUCUGUGCCUUAAGACAGAUGACAUCUUGGAGAUGGAGGACAUCGAACCCGAAAACCACCCAGUUCCCCUCCAUGUCGCACCUGGCAGAGCUGAAACAUCCGGACAUCACAUCAGGGAAAGGAUAGCUGCCCAGUUGUCUGCACCUGCCCUCCUUCCACAGCACCUGCAGGAGCAUGAUUAUUUCUGA